AGGAAAAACCACACGCUGCGCACUUAACGCGCGCGCGCGAGAGAGAGUGAGAGGGGGAGGGAAGUGGAAAGGUUCGCUGCUUGUAGCCUCGUUUGCCUUGGUUGCCAUGGCCGAUCCGGCUGAAGAGACCGUCGCCGCGCCCCCACCGACUCCGGCGGCCCCUGCUGAGAGCGCCUCAGACCCGCCGUUGCGGUCGCCUGCGGACGCUGCCUCGCCGGAGAAGGUGUCUCCCCCAGCCCCAGCGUCGGCGCCGGAGACAAGGUCCCGGGGGUUUAGGCUUCUUGGAGAGGACACCUCCGUGCACAUGGCUCUUGGGGGCGGUAAAACUGCUGAUGUACUGUUAUGGAAAGACAAGAAGACCUCUGCUGUAGUGAUUGGUGGUGCAACUGUCAUCUGGAUUCUGUUCGAAGUGCUUGAUUACCAUCUCCUGACUCUGAUAUCCCAUGUGCUGAUUGGUGUCCUGGCCAUCCUGUUCCUGUGGUCCAAAGCCACCACCUUCAUCAAGAAGAGCCCACCAGAUAUUCCCCUGGUGCAGAUACCUGAAGAUCUCGUUGUGAAUGUUUCACGAGCGCUACGCAACGACAUCAACAGAGCGCUUCACUUGUCCCGGGAGAUCGCAGUGGGGCAUGAUCUAAAGAAGUUUCUGGGAGUGAUUGUGGGGCUUUGGAUUCUCUCAGGAGUUGGAAGCUGCUGUGACUUCCUCACCUUGAUAUACAUAGCUGUCCUGAUGCUCCACACGGUGCCGAUCCUGUACGACAAGUACCAGGACAAGGUGGACCACUUCGCCAGGAGGGCGCACACGGAGGCCCGCAAGCAGUACGAGGUGCUGGAUGCCAAGAUCCUGAGCAAGAUCCCUAGGGGGCCGGCGAAACCCAAGAAGCAGAACUAGGAGAAACCAAACCGCCGUAUAGAAGAGGUGCUUCGAUUCGGGAUGUUGGCAUCGUUGGUUCCUGGUUUCACGAUAUAUGUAUGAUCUUUUGUCCGAUGGCUGCAGCUCUCGCGCCACAGGGUGCUGUUGCUGCUUAGCUGUGCAUAUUCGGGGUGGAUACUGCUCUCUUUGUGAUGCCAGUUGAUGUUAGUCAGUAUGUGUCUCAUCUCUCUAAACGUGACCGAAAGAUGUUGGGAUGCUAAGUUUCUGCUACUGCUGUUGCUCCUUGUAAAUAACUGUGGUGGUAAAUAAGCCCAUGUUGGUAGCCUGUCUUAUGUCUUGA